GCUAUGUUUCCUAAUUCUCCGAUAACUCGUAUAAUUAAAACUUUGGUGUUUGCACUUCUAUUAUCGUGUCUGGUUCUUCUAAUAUUUUCACCAGAUAAGAAAAGCUCGGAAACGAUAAUAGAAGUUGCAACAAAUACAAAAAACAAUAUUUCUAUAUUCGAUACAUGCCCAUUGACUGUCUACGAUCAUCUGGAUCCUCAAUUACGCCAGUUCCACAAUCCGCGUUACAAUCCAAUGGCUGGAUGCACGCCGUAUAUUCCUCUCACAGUUCUUGAGAAUGGAAAGAUAAGAGCCACGGAGAAGGCUGAAGGAUACGAAUGUUCUGCAAGUUACUGUUUUAUCGAAUCGUUCUCAGUUCCACAUAGGUUACGAAUGGCCACUUCGAAUACGAGCUUGACUGGCCGAUAUCCAAAACCGCCCAAGCAACUUCCUCCCUGUUUUACUCGUAGAAAACUUGACAGAAGUCCCGGAUUCGGCGCUUCACCGAGGGGGCAGGGUGUACGUCGAAGGCUCAAGUGCAUAUACAACGAUCAUGAUACAAAGUAUAUAGCCGAUCCAUGGAUUAUCCUUCCAUCAAAUGAAACCUUCAAGUGUGACAUUGUCGAGUCCCAGUGCAGUAAUGGCAACUUCUUCUAUGGCAAUGAAUCAUACCUCCAUAUGCAGAUUUAUGAAGAUGAAUCUCUACCUCAUACUCUUGCUUAUCUGAAAAUGGAACAUGGUGCUAUUCAAAUGGAAUUUCUGAACAAACUAGGAUAUAACAGUCGACCCAACGCUAUCGCACUGUUCUUCGGCAGAACCGAGGAAGGCGGCAGUCGUGAUCUGGUAGGGCAACCGCCCCUCUAUUUUGAUUGGGAUAGUACAAAAAUGUGUAAAGAGUACUUGGAUGAUUUACCAUAUGAGUUGGAAGAAUAUCGGAAGCUUGGCUAUAAAACUAUGGUGGCUCAAGACUGGUCAGCUGGUUUUGCUUAUUAUCCCAAUUGUUUGGGCUUCAAUAGAUCUGAAGCGGAUCACAUGUGGAGGGCCUUCGAAUUACGAAUGGGAGAGUCUAGGACGCUUCGAAGGAGUCACAUCUGGCACUGUAGUGAGCUACACUUGGAAAUGAUGGCAUAUAUGGAGAAAUUUAUGCAGUCAUAUCCAGGAGUUCCAAAAAUAUGUCAUGUAUGGCCCGUCAACUUGGCUCACGACUCAAUGAAAAAUCUCUACCAUGCUGAUGAACAGUUUUUGAACUUUUUCAAAAGGAACACCAAACACUUGGACGACUCCUUUCUGUUUUUCAUGGGCGACCAUGGACCGAAAAGUGAGGGGAUCGAAAAGGUACCCCUGGGAGAAUACGAGCAGAAGAAUCCAUUCCUAAUGGUUUCGGUUCCAAAACGCUACCGUAAUACGCCAAUUCAUAAUCAAUUAAAGUUAAAAUCAACUCAGCUAAUGACUCACUACGAUCUCCAUGCCACGUUUUUGGAUAUACUCAAGGUAGGUCCUACACCGAAACUCUGUGAGAGCUCCAAUCCCCCUUUAACUUCCAUAUUUGAGCUCCAACCAUCCAGUAAUUUCUCGGACACAUCGUAUCGCGACAUGGGAACAAUGAGUAAAGGCUCUUCAUUACUUCGAGAAUGGCGUGGGCCAAGGAACUGUCGGACACUCCCAAUCCCAUCACACUAUUGCAUCUGCCAAUACAAUAAAACGACCAUCGAUAACGAAGCUAUAUUGGCCAAAACUGGUCAAUUUGUCGCAGAGCAGGUGAAUCAGAUACUGCGAAAAGCUGGAAUACUCGGGUUAUGUCGGGUGCAGUCCUACUACUCG